AUGCUUAUGCAAAAUUUUGGGGUGACAAACAAAGAGCAUUAUGGCAUGUUAUGGUAUUUUCUGGAGUUGUCAAAUAAGGUAAGUGAUUCGCAUAAUGGAGAAUUCACGUAUUAUUUUAAGCCAAGUUUUUGCCGUCGUCGCCGUCCUCGGGUCUUAGAGUCUUUAAAAAACUGCAGCGACGGAGAACUCUUCAAAAAUACAGUAAGGAUUAAAUAUUUUUCCUCACAAGAUCUUGCGCAUACAUCUAAGCAGGUGAAAACUGGGUCGACGUGAAGCAUAAUCACAGGGACAAGUUCGUUGUUCUUAUGCUUGUGCUUAUGCUUAUGUCGUAGCCUUGACUGGUGAAAACGGAGUCGACAUAAGCAUAAGCACAAUUAAGGCUGUGGGCCAAUCAUAGGUCACUUUGACCCAGACCUCAUGCGAACAUAUCAAAAGCAAUAUGGCGGACGCGUCAGGUUAUCGAGAAUUGAGUCAAAUAUGCCAUUCUGCGCGUGCAUAUGUCCUUAUGCUUAUGCUUAUGAAAACCAGGCUUACGAAUUUAGCCAUUAUCCCCUCCCUAGAUCAGAGUAAACCAGUCGGUUAUAAAUUUCAUGGUCCUCUUUACGUAUCUGGUUUUUGUACCACUCAUCACCGCCUGCAGAAUGUCCAGAUUUACCAAAGAGGAAAAUGUCGCUCUAGAGAAUCACUUGAUAAAAAUUGUCAAGGCGGAUCGCCCAAUCAAAUGCCGAGAAGACUGUCUAGAUACACCAUCUUGCUUCUCUGUCAACGUACAUGCACAAAAGCUCUCAUCAGGCUGGGUCACGUGUGACUUAAAUAACUCUAGCAAAACCGCUGACCCACAGGAUUUAGUACCGAAGAGAGGGUAUCAGUACCUUCCGAUGGCGGUAGGUGAUGUAAAAAAGGUUUAAGGGUUUAGGAAGCAAUGGUUUUUGCAUUUUUUAAGUUAAUCUUUCCAGGUUUGAAAUCUAGUUACGUCAAGGACCAUGACGAUAAAUGACGUCAUUAAACAUUGUGGCUGCCAUUUUAAAAUAUCCCAUAGUUCUCACUUGAAAACACCGAAUAAAAAUUCGCGGACCUCUCCGGAAACUGAGUUCCGAUUACUUUCAAGCGUUUAAUCGGUCGAAAAAGAACUUUUGUGGUAUUUACAUAUCCCUGUCUGUCUGUCAUUAUAUUCUUCCUUGAUAGAUGCUCAUAACAUAUACGCAAGGUUAGACAGGUUACAAUUAUGUUUUUGAUUUAUAGAUGGUUAGAUUUGUUUCUUUCCUUUUUCUUCUGUUUCUUUCAGAAGUGUCACAUUGCACUGUAGAUCAAUGUAUCUACAAAGACGGUAAGAUUCCUUGAGUGGUGAGAGAAAGUUUUCUUCACUAAUUUAAAUAUAGCCCUGCAUAUGUACAGAUAAAACAAACUUGACAAUUAUAACAGUUCUGUGUCCAUUCUCUCCGUAGCUCUUUCCGACAGCUGGUUUAUAUACGGCAGUCAUAAGCUUAAGAUUUUCUCUGAAAAACGGACCUGGGAAAGCGCAAGGACUUACUGUCAGUCGAUUGGUGGAGAUUUAGUGUCAAUCAACAGUGAGGACAAAAACGAGUUCAUUACUCAUUUGCUAGGCCGUUAUAUAACAAAUGUGACAGCAGGUUAGAUGUUAUUCUUGCAUUUUACAUUUCGUCGAAUAAGCGCCUGGGCGCUUAUUUAAAAUUUCGGCUUAAAAGAGGGGCACUUGUUGGAAGGAGGUCACUAAUCGAGGAGGGGGACCUUAUUAAGUUCUCCUUUUGGUAAUCAAGCGUACCGUGGUCCCAUACUCCCAUAAUCCCAUAAUCCAGUUUAUACCCACUGUCGUAUCAGUAUCAAAGUUGAAGUUUACGAAACAGUUUUUCCUUCUAUCCCUUCUAUUUAUAUUAAGAAAUGAUGGGAGGUUAUUCUAGGAGGAGGAAGGGGGGGGCGCUUGUUUCAAAUUUUGGCCUUGGGGUGUGCGCUUAUGCGGGGGAGUGCUCUUAUUAGAGCGUGGGCAUUUAUUCAAGAAAAUACGGCAAACAGGGUCUUUUAAACGAACUUGAACUAAGGGGAUUUGUCUUCACAGUUCAGGGGGCAAAUUUUCGUUGUUAAUUGACAUUUAUAUUUACUCAAUCUCGUAUAUCUUUUAUACCCUUUACGAAUCAGUUAGUUUCUUUUUUCGUUAUAUCAAUGAAAGAAUAUGACCAACAUGAAUGGUCAAAGCGAUCGAAGCUAUGCCUUGAAAAGUUUUAUAUUUUAAUAUUUUUAUCUACUUAUUUUUACCCAAAGUGAAUGCUGAUAUGUUGGUUUUACUGAUUUUUUAUAUUCAGAGGACCAUCCACGAACACUUGCACGCUGGCAUCUGGACGGAACUGACCCAGACGUCACGUAAGUAAAUACAAAAUGUGACGCGGUGAAGUGGAAGUUAUCCACCACCUUGUACACAUUCGUUUUCAUUGAAGGGAUAUAGGAACUGUGGGUCGCAUAUGAACUUGAGGGUUCUAAAAGUCAUGUCCAACGGAUUCAUUAUCCUUAGUAAUGUCUUUCCUAUGGUUGUGGGGAGGACAAAAACUGGAUUAUUCAGAAUCAAGAAAAAAUUAUACAAACUUCUCAAACUCACUGAUAAUUCAUAAAUGAAAUACAAAGGAAAUUAAUGUUUAAUGAGUGUUUGGAAAUCAGAUGAAAAACUGCUAUUUUUGCAUCCUUAAUUUCUCCUUCUAAAGUCAUUUUGUUUGAGAAGUAAUAUCAAGCAUUCGACACAUCGUUUCAUCACCAGAUGAAACACCUCGAAGUUCAUCAAAAAUACUCCGCUGCGCGUCGUAUUUUCAACUCUUUCAACACUGCGUCUCAUGCUUGAUAUAUUACAUAAAAACUCUAAACAGGGAAUUAAUGGGACGAGCACAAUAGGCCUUUUGCCAGUUGUUCAAGUCUCUGUUUCAAAGCAAGGCUGUCUGCGAAGCUCUUGAUAUGAAAAAAAGUUAGUUUUUUAUUCUCAUGCAAAUAAUCUCAUUUUCACAAGAAAGGUUUCGCACUAAUCGUCGUUUUGAAAGUGAGUGUUUCUGGCACUCGGAAAUAGCCUAUUCAUAAUACACGCAAGAGACUCACUAACACAAGCCAUUUUCCCAUUGCAUCAUCUUUGUACUUCAUUUGCAAUUACAUUAAAAUUGUAGUGAAGUGUGAUAUGAAGCUGUUCUGUAUAACUUUCAUCGUUCAAAAGAGUACUACGUAUUUUAUUUCUCUAGACUUUGAACUUUAAAUGAUUGGGCCUUCCUGUCGAAUGAAUAAAAAAAAGACCUAUGCCUGACGUGAUUUGUAAACGGAAUUUUAAAAAAAGUUUUAUGUGACUUGUUUUAGGCUAGUUUAUAUGUUUUCAUCGUAGUUCGUAAUUAUAUGCUAGUGUUUUUUACACAUUUUGUGUCUUUUAGAAACCCUUCUGAAAAAUCAAUUAUCGUAAUAGAGGUCUCCUUUUUGAGUUGCAUAAGAAAUCUUCAAUUCAAAUUAACCACUUUUAAGGUUAUCUUAAAACAUUAAUCAACAACAAAUCAUAUAAAUCCUUUACAGUCUAGAGAAUGAAGCAACUUUUAGAGAAAAAGGCGGUUUUCAAUCUCUGUACCUCAAUGGUUCAGGUCAUGCAACAGUGCCUGCCGUGGACUUUGGACGUUCAAGUUUUACUAUCGCCUGUUGGGUGAAGAUUCAGAGCCCUGCCACUGCUACAUUACCAGUUUUCUCAGAUUGGACAAACCCGCUGAAAUUUCAAAUCGUAGCGUAUGACGCUGGGGGAAACCUGUUUUUUGGUUGUGUUAACAACUUUGGUAAUUUCCUUCCAUGGUUCAUAGGAGGGUAAGACUCGGAAAAGUACUUGUUAAAUUACCAUGUUUUCACUUUCACGCUUAUAAUCUGCUACUAGACGUGGACAGUAGUUCGGCUAGUUCUUCUUCCUAAUUUCUUCGUAAAACGUGUAAACAUUCUGCGCCAUUUUCGUCAUUUUCUCAAGCACUCCAAACACAGCUGAGAGACCGCGAACCUCGUUUUCCGUGCUCUCUCGCUCACUCUACUCGUUCCCAGGUUCUCUCUCUCUGGCUCCGUAGGAACUGGUAGGAGGGAGAGCCUUGGAACGAAAUUGAGAGAACGCGACAUACCUGUUGUGCCCAAGGCUUAACGGUUGCCAUGCCUUUUUAUCCUGUUGUGCUGCACCACCGAUCAUUUUAUCGAAUAUCACAAAUUAACAUCUUGGUUAACACUAGCUUGUUAAGGAAGGAUUAGCCGCUAGGUUUUAGCCAAUGAGAAAGGGAGAAAUUUUAUAACCGGUGUUAUUUUUUAAUGAAACUGACGAUUAACUUGUGCGCAUUUCUUCCGAGUGUGAGCAAAACUGAUUUGAUGCCUUUCAGGAGUGCCCCAAUUGACAAGUGGUUUCAUAUGGCAGCUUAUUGGGAUAGAAAUGCAAAUGAAGCUGGAUUUUUUCGUGACGGUCUGUUAGUUUCAUAUCAAGCUCAGGUAAAUGGCUCAUACCUCAGAGGCAAUGAUCACAAAGUAUACGAUAUUGGCCUUAAAAGGGACGACGGGAAGACGUUUAAAGGACAUUUGAGAGACCUUAUGAUUAUUGGAGAGGCACUCACUGCUGAAGAUUUGAACAGUAUACUAACAGGUGGAUCAGAAUAACGACAGUAAUGACAUUAGGGCUGUAUCAUCGAUUUUAUCAACUUAGUAUGCCAAAAGUUAACGAAAAAUUUUACUCAGAAUAUUUUAAACUGUUAGGAGAAGUGUUAGUAAGUAUUUUUGACCAUGGAUUGUUUGAGAAUACAUAUCAUUCUGAAAAACGUGGGCCAAGCAAGAGAAAAAUUAGAAACACUCACAUUCCUAUCAUUUAGAAUUAUUUAGAGCCCACCUAUCUACUGUGCGAUCGACAAGCUGUGAUUAACGGCUAGUUUUCUUAUUUUAUUUUUUUCUGGGGCAAAGAGCCGAUACGUUUACGGCUUGUCUUAAACGGUUGUCUUUUCACGUUAGCAACGACCACUUAAGUGCUUCCCAACUGACAAGAUAACCUUUCCAGAGUACAGAGGCUGUUUAACAACCAAUGCAUUCAAUUUCAUACUGUGCCUUUUACUGAGGUUUUUUUUUUCUUUUUUGUUAACGGCGUUUGUUCUGAACAUGUUUUGCACCUAACAGGCCACUUCUGAGUUCCAAAAACCCUCACUUUCAAAAUGAGACCAAGUGCACAACCUUUCUUGUGAAAAUGAGUUUUGUUUGCAUGAGAAUGAAAAAUCAUUUCCAUAUCAAAGGCUGACCACUUAACCUUGUUUUCAUACAGAGGCCCCAGGGUCAUCGGAAAUGGCUUAUUAGAACAAAUUUUCUCGUUACGUGUCCACGUUUAGAUGCAAACGAUGCUACAGGAACUUCCUAGUUUGUGUAGUUGUCGCUGGAAGAAAGCUUGUCGUUUACAAUCGAUUGACUGAAUUCGCUUAGUAACGACCCAUUCCUCUUGAGGUUGUUUAUUUCAUUACAUAUAAUGAUUUAGAGAAAACCACAAUUACCCAUAAUUCCUGACUCGCAUUCUUUGCUGCAAGCCAGGAUCAUUUUGCCUGUCGGCAGUUAUUCUUACCAGAUUUUUUUCACGUAGAGAUCUUUUGACUCAUUGACAAAAGUGAUACCAAGUUUACACGUCAUGUUGCUCACUGUGUGAUCGGUAGUGAAAUGACUUACCAACCAAGCUAAAGAUAGAAGUAGAAAUGUUUAAAAUGACACUGACCCCAUUUUAGCCGACCAAUAAGGUGUCAUCCUUAAAAUAACCGUGGAGUAGGACACAUAACCUAGAAUAGACAUAAAGUAUUCUUAAUAUGAAGAGGGCCAUGUAUGAGAGAUUCGCUCUCAUACCUCGUUCUCUCUUGGUUACACCCCAUUACACGUCCCAUCCCGUUUAACCCCUUACCUCUCCUUACCAAGAUGGUCGUUGGGUACAGGUUUUACAGCAUGCGUUAUUUGAAAAAUAAUUGUAAUUCCUCAAUUGGAUUCUGGUUCGGGAAAAAUCGUUCCUCCUUACGUCCGCCCCUUCAUGUUAGCGGAUGUGAAAUGUCGCAAUUACCAGCUUGGGGUCCAGGGCAUUAUAUAGUCUGUGUUUAACUUGAUUUUGGACAUCCAUGUUAUGAUCAAUUGACAGCUGUCAAAAUAGGGUUUUCGCUGACCAGUGCUACAUGACAGUUUACUGCGGGCUCAAGUGAACUCUUCAUUGAGGUGACGUGUUCUUUUAAAGUUGUCCGAAGACUAGUUAGUGGUUUUUAAAUGAUCGCAGGCUCAGGUAAUUUUUUCCGCUUACUUCUUGCUUUUGGUGAAAGUAAAAAAAAUCGAAAAUAGUGAAAAGAAAUAAGGUAUAAAUUGAAGGACAGAAGAUCAUAUUAGGUUAAUCGUAAGCGUUGUGUGUUGCAGGUCCAGUCAGAAAAUCCCAUGGUGGAGCGUGGAUCGGUCUGAACGACACAUUUCAAGUUUGGUCUGAUGGUAGUCACGUGGUCUAUACCAAGUGGGCUACCAGGCAGCCGGAUAACCAAAACGAUUUCCCAAAGUGCACGGAAAUGGCGGUUGAUGGCGGACACUGGGACGACACAAUUUGCACAAUGAAACGACCUUUUAUUUGUCAGAAAGAAAAUUAG